AUGACGUCCAACACGAAACGCAAGUACGAAGAUGAACAUCGGACAUUCCUUCUUGAGUGGGUGGAAGAUUUCGCCUUCACUGAGAAAAGCGCUUCAUCUGAGUUGAGAAAAGUCAAACUGGCCCAGCUCAAAUCGCGACUUCAGAAUCAGCAGUCCUUGAUGAAGACCUUCACCAAGGAAUCUGACGUAGCAGCCGAAGCAAGCUUUGCAAUCGCGUGGAACAUUGCUCGCACCAAGCGAGCUUACUCGGAAGGAGAAUUUGUGAAGCCUUGUUGGAUCCAAAAAACAAGAAUCUUCAAAGCUCUUGAUGAAUCUAUGGAUAUACAAGACAAGCCACAGCUUGCAAUCUUCGUCCGUUAUGUCUCAUGCGACGAAAGCGUGAGAGAAGAGCUUCUGGACAUGGUUGCCCUCAAGGAAACCACUCGCGGUGUAGACAUUAAGAAUGCAUUGUUAGCAACGUUAGAGAGGUUCGACGUUCCUCUGCAGAAACUUGUCGCUAUUGCCACUGAUGGUGCGCCUGCUAUGCUUGUCUUCAGCUUCCAAAACAAGCUAAAACUUUUUCAAAAAGACCUGAAAACCAAGCGCCUGAUCCACUUCCCGCGGCUGAAGAGCAUGCUGGAUGCAGAACCCGAGUUUGAGCUGACCGAUGCUAAGCUCAGGGAAUAUUUCCUAAAGCUCGAGGAACUCGAGAGGGACUUUCAUUUCCGGUUCAAAGAUAAGCACCAACUCAAGCCUUGCUUUGCCCUUCUGAUGAAUCCUUUUAUGGUUGGUGUGUUGAGUGGCGACUGUCCAGCCAUGAAAAACUUGGCAGGAGAUGUAUUAGCGUUGGAACUGGAACUGCUUGAACUACAAGAAGACGAAGGGCUGAAGACGUUCCCGCAGUCUCAGAAAAUUGCAGUAUUCUGGGGGCAGAUGCCAGAAGCAAGGUGUCCCCACGUCAAGCUCGCGGGCCAGAAACUUCUCUCCAUUUUUGGAUCAACAUACUGCUGCGAGGCUGUGUUCUCAACAAUGAAAGUGGUGAAGUAA